AUGGCCUGUCUGGGGAACAGUAAGGACCGGCGCAAUGAGGAGAAGCAGCAGCGGAAGGCCCACAAGAAGAUCGAGGAGCAGCUGCAGAAGGACAAGCAGGUGUACUGGGCCACGCACAGGCUACUGCUGCUAGGUGCUGGAGAAUCUGGGAAAAGCACAAUCAUGAAGCAAAUGAGAAUCCUUCAUGAGAACGGAUUUAAUGCUGAAGAGAAAAAGGCUAAAGUAAAAGAUAUUAAGAAUAAUAUUAAACAGGCUAUUGAGACCAUAGUUGCAGCAAUGCACUUCCUGUUACCUCCAGUGGAGCUAGCAAAUCCAGACAACCAGUUCCGAAUCGAUUAUGUCACAAACUUACCGAGCGACAAAGAUUUUGACGUCCCGUUGAAGUUCUAUGAACAUGUAAAAGCGCUCUGGCAAGAUGAAGGCGUGAAGGCCUGCUACGAGCGAUCGAACGAGUACCAGCUCAUUGACUGCGCGCAGUAUUUUCUAGAUAAAAUCGACAUUGUGCAACAGAAUGACUACACACCCUCUGACCAGGACUUCCUACGGUGCAGAGUCCUGACAUCAGGAAUAUCUGAAAUAAAGUUUCAAUUUGACAAAAUGAACUUUCACAUGUUUGAGGGCUGUGGUGCGCGUGAUGAGCGCAGAAAAUGGAUUCAGUGCUUAAAUGAUGUGACAGCAAUUAUAUGUGUGGUAGCCAGCAGCAGUUAUAAUAUGGUGAUCCGAGAGGACAAUCAGACCAACAGACUCCAGGAAGAACUAAACCUCUUUAGAAGCAUCUGGAACAGUAGAUGGCUACGGAAAGUUUCAGUCAUUCUCUUCUUGAAUAAACAAGAUCUACUUGCUGAGAAGGUUUUGGCUGGGAAAUCGAAAAUCGAGGACUACUUUCCAGAGUUUGCUCGUUACACCACCCCAGAUGAUGCAACUCCAGAGGCUGGGGAAGACCCCAGAGUCACAAGGGCCAAGUACUUUAUCAGAGAUGAGUUUCUUAGAAUCAGUACAGCAAGCGGAGACGGCCGGCGCUACUGUUACCCUCACUUCACAUGUGCGGUGGACACGGAAAAUAUUCGAAGGGUUUUUCAUGAUUGUCGGGACAUUCUCCAAAGGAUGCACCUCCGUCAGGACAAACUGUUGUGAUGGAGAGAUUCUUCUAUAUAUUUCUUCCUUUUUUCCUGGACUCUUAAUUCAAUUAAAAAAAGAAAUGAAACUGCAAAAAUCCCACAGAAAAACAAACAAAAAAAUCUAUAAAAAAAUAAAGGGGGCGGGGGAAACAAUUCACCCAUCAAGGGAUGGAAAAAAAAAACCUGCGUGCAAACUCCCUCUCCAGCUUGCACCUGUUUUUACUUGUUUCCUUGCUGCCGGACAAUUGUGGAACUGUUAGCUUGCUGCCCUUCACCCCCCUCGAUGCCCUGAAACAGCACGGGCUGGCGCCAAAUCUACCCUUGACCUCUCCCCCCUUUACACCCCCUCUCCCUUUCAAAAUGCCAACAUUAAAUGCAGUGCGCGUGGAGGAUUUAGACUUAAUGUAAAGGUAUACAAAUGCAGCUGGAAGGGAGGGACUGUACCGUAGGCUGGAGGCUGUACGUAGACUUUCCUCCCCUUUCAAUAAUAAGCUGGGCCUCAUUUUUUCUUUGUUUUUUUUCUUCUUUUAAAUCUUCACGCAUUAUAUCAACUUUGUAUUCCUUCACUGCAUUGCCGACCUCCAACUGAGAGAGAGGACACCUGACUCUUGACUGAAAAAAAAGAAAGA